AUGAUGCCAAUUCUCAAGUUGCGGCUCAUUCGACGAGAUGAGGCCGAAAUUCUUGCAAGAGGUGAUAAUCAUGUAAGCCGAGAAUCACUUGAGUCCUGGUUAACGGGCCCCCAGUCCAUAAAGAAUUACAACGACUUGCCCAAUCCAUAUUCAGCCUUUAGGCUCAAUUUGUCCAAAGCAAAUGGUCACUUGGGAAACGCACAGGCCACCGCGUUGUCUCAGGCCAACACCGAAGAACCAGCUGGCCGAACGUCCAAUUUCACCACGCGUGAUGCAAGCUCAGCAGGUCACGAACGCAUGCCGGUCAUCAAGCAAUCCACGCACACGAAGGCAUUUAUCGUUAAUUGUCGUUAUUUGUCAUAUGUGUGCAGUAAUGGCUGUGUCCUAUAA